CCAAACCCGAAAAGGCCCGAAUCCAACCCAUCAAUUUUCUUUUCUUUCAAACAGCGCCAAAGUUGAAGAGAAAGAAAGAAACAGAGCAGAAAAAUGGAGAAACUCGCAAAUUCAUUUUCAGUGUUAGAACUCGACGCCGAUGAUAGCCACGUUCCCACCACUGCCGGUAGUAGUGACAAGAGAGUUAAUGCUGACAUUGACAUUGUACCAGGAAAAAGCGAGAAACAAAAUCUAGAAAAUCCAGUGACUUCUUCAUGUGAAUACAAGUUACCUCUUGUGUGGAUUGACUUGGAAAUGACUGGUUUAAAUAUCGAAGUGGACAGAAUAUUGGAGAUUGCUUGUAUAAUUACAGAUGGAAAUUUAACCAAAACAGUGGAGGGUCCUGAUUUGGUCAUCCAUCAAACUAAGGAGUGCCUUGACAGGAUGGGAGAAUGGUGUCAAAGUCAUCAUGCAGCUAGUGGGUUAACAAAAAAGGUGCUAAAGAGUACAAUAAGUGAAGGAGAAGCUGAAAAGCAGGUUAUUGAAUUUGUUAAGAGAUAUGUUAAUGUUGGUUUGUACACACCUCUCUUGGCAGGAAGUUCAAUAUAUGUUGAUUUUCAAUUUCUGAAGAAAUACAUGCCAAAAUUGGCGAGUCUCUUCUCUCAUGUGGUUGUUGAUGUUAGUAGUGUUAAAGCUCUCUGCAUUCGCUGGUAUCCCAAAGAUAAGGAGAGAGCACCUUCAAAAUUAAAAACACACAGAGCUUUAGAUGACAUUAGAGAAAGCAUUGAGGAACUUAGAUACUACAAGGCAAAUAUUUUUAAGCCCAGGUCCAGAAAGUGAUAGGGAUGCAGUGAAAUCAGCGUACGAAUGUUGAUGGGCAGGUUUUCAGUUCAAGCGUCAAAUCUCAUUGUUAUGGAGGGUUUGCUGGCUGAGUAAAUGGCUCGUGAUUUUGGAUUAAGUUUAGUUACUGCAAAAUCAUAUUUAAAUUUGUACUGAAAACCAUGAUGUACAGGUUAAAUUGAGCUUCAACUCCUUUGAUUGUCCAUUCAAGAAAGAAAAAGGAAAUGUAAUUGUUGAUUACAAUGCCUAAAGAAAUGUUAUGUGUAUGUAUCUCUGCCAACUGGACCAUUGUGAAAUGCUUAACUUCAGCAAUGAGCAUUUGCAUUCAUAGAUGAUUA